AUGAGUAAAAACUACUCGCGCCUCAUCCCGGAUUCGGACGGGGGUGAUGCCGCCCUACACUCACCUCGAGGCCCGCCCGGCUGGCACGAGUUGGGGUACCUGGCGUUCCGAGAACCGGCCAAGGUUGCUCUUGAUAGCCCUCUUCAGAAUGCACAUCGGGAGCAGGAAUGCCAGCCUCCACGAUCGGCCCAGGUGCAAGAGCAAGGUGUUGUUGUAAAGGUCGUCUCGCACGAUGGCGACCACUCCUUUCCCACGGGCCAUACGGCUUUCUAUACAUCCAAAAUCUUGAUGCCCGGAGACAACGCAUCCGUGGUGGGAAAUACGCUGUUGAGUCUUCCCACGGAGGCCGAGGCAGAUUUUCAUCUCUCGACCUUCUUUCUCUACUUGGAGAGUAAUUGGUUUUAUUUUGAGGAAACCUGGCUCAGAGAGGUCUUUUCUCUGGUUUUCCAAGCCAAGAGAGGGCAAUGUCAGGUGGACGACACACUGCUGUGCCUGUCGCUAAUGGUCAUGGCGCUGGGCGCCUCGUUCAAGCAUUUGCGUUCCUUGGACUCAAACAUGGACCAGAACAGGCAAACACAGCAACAUGAUCAUCCUUCAGACACCCUCCCUGGCGCCGAGUAUUUCAAUCAGGCCCAACGACUGAUCCCGCAAGCCCUCCGACGACCCUCCUUGCUUAGCGUGCAGAAAGGAUGGCUCGCCCAAUAUAUCAGAGAAGGCCCGGGAAGUGCAAAAGCCCGAAUCUCCAUGGCUCUAGGAUAUCCGGAGAUGCUUCAAACCACGGAGAUAUCCAUCUCACUACCAACGCGCCUGGACGACAUUGACCAGAGUUGUCCUACUCGAGUGGAUCGUCUGACAGCUUUCACAGAGCUCACUCUGCUUCACAGCCUGGUAAUUCGGAAGAGACUGGAUGGUUCGGAUCUCAUCGCCUUGAACGAGAUUCGAACAUUGCUUGAGCAGUGGAAGGAUCGACUACCGCCGAGUAUUUUGGACCAUUCCAAAGCUCAGGUCCGGGCCACCCUGCACCUGGAUAUGAUGUACCAGAUGGUUUGGGUCGAUCUAGGUCGACGGACCUUACUCGAUCUCGUGAAAAACCAUCUCAAGGGCCAGCACGGCGGCGUCCCGCAUGGGAGAGAAACCGGAGAGCAAACGCCCGUCCAGCGAGAGUUAUCGACCCGCUGCGUCGGGGCCGCUCUCAAGGUUCUGGAGGCCAUUGCUACUCUUCACCGUCGGUCUCUACUUGCUCGGUUUUCUUACACGGACUUACAUUCAUGCAUCUCCGCCACAGUCAUCCUUCUCUUGGGAAGCAUCCAGCACGAGGAGUCCGAGGAGCUUCCGUCAUUUCAACAUGCUAUCGACCAGGGUAUGGAAGCCUUGGAUUUCCUGGCAGGAGGCGACAAAAAUGCAGGACAUGGGUAUAAGCUCGUCCGACUUUUACAGAACACGGUAGCUCGCCUUCGAAGACGGGCGCAUGCCCGGAGAGGUGGUCCUGGGAUCUCAUCUUCGACAUUGGCGUCGCCGUUACCACCACGGCCAGGUGAUGAAAGUGAUGACCAUCAGAACAAAGUCGAUAGUGGACCUAGACCCUCUCCAGUGGAGGGAAGUGUGCAUGACCCUGUCGAACUGCCGUGGUCAGGAGGCCUCGAGCCGCGGCCGGCAGCAGAUCGUGCUCACCACUUUCCUCACUUAGGCCAAACGGCUCGGCCAGAUAACUACGGCGGCCACCGGGAAGACCAUCGAGGUUUGGACUUUGCCACUUGGGAGUCCCUGUCGGCGUACUACUCUGCCCAAGACUUGCAACUGUUUGGGUUUGAUGGCUUUCAGAUCUUCGGCGAGGGAGAUUUGGUGGAUGAAUUCGGCACGAGCCCCCCAGACGAUCGCGGCCAGGCUGGUUUCAGCACAUGA